AUGGAAGAAGAAGUCGCGUUGGAACGCGCCUCACAACUGGCAAUCAAGUACUUGCUCCGCGAGCCCGCUUUUUUAGAGCUCUGGGAGCAGAAAGUGGCCGAGCAGUUGGAGAGACAUCAGGUAAUUUGUAAUCUUCAGCGAAAGCCUAACAAAAAGCGCGAACACUGACGGAAAUUAAGCGACAAUGGAGUAGAAAUGUGCAAUUUUCGAAUUUCUUUCCAAAAGUGCGGUAGAGCGUAUUUACACCCCUCUAUUUUCAGAGCGCCGCUCCGUCCACCUCCUGCCACGGCAUCAGUUCGCUCCAAACGGCGGUCGGCGAACUAACGGCCACAAUCGAGUUUGUAGUGACAACGUUUGAGGAAAACGGUACGAAAGUGUUCAAAUUGCGAACUGUCGCGCAGUUUUUCCCCGCGAAAGAGCGGGAUUGCAUGACAACAACAUUUUUGCAGUAGACCCGCGGAAUUGUGUGCUCUGCAUCGAGAGCACUUCUUCGAAUCGAGACGCGUCGGCCCUGUUCGAAGCGGGUCUGAAAGUGGAGAAGCUGACGAAUACGGCGGUGCGAGAGGCGGGCGUCGACACGAUCGCAGUGCAGUGAGUGACGGGUUAUUGUAGUUGGCACCGUGUGCAAACACCGCGAUGCACAACAAAAAUCGGCAGAAAACGCCACGAAAUUUCUUUUUAUUUCAGAAUCGGCGCAGCAUGUCGACGACUUGUUCAAGUACUGAAAGCGUACGGGAAAAAGUUUCAGAGGUGAGAAAAACUCCCCCCUUAAUUUAUCGAUUUUUUCCAGCCAAAACUCCGUGGACACGCGCGCGUCGCUCUCUUUUGCCAAUCGCCUCUGCCGACUGUUCUAUACGAUUUCGAGAGAAAUCUCAAAACUUGCCAAUGAAUUUUCGGACGUUAAUGAGCGGAAAAUCGUACGGAAUUUGGGGAGGAAGUUACGAGAAGUCAGCGAUGAAUUCAAUGUGAAAGUGAUGGCGGAGCUCGAGCGAAUUGAGCAGGAGGAGGAGAAACGAGAAAAGAGCAAGAGUCAGAGAACGUGCCGACCUUUAAGGCCCGUUCCGGAACGACUUCCAGAGCCGUACGGAGUCAAGACUCGGAGCCAAAAGAAGCUGGUGACGUCGAUUCAAGAAGCGGUGCGGGAAGCGGAGGAAGUGGAUCGGGGGAUGUACUCGAGACGGACCCAUCCGCCCGGAAGCAUCGCCACCUCGAUUGUGUCGAAACGCAAGGGGUUUCUGAUUAAGGACUCAUUGGCAAAGGUACGGAGGGUUUUGUUUAGCGCGGUACAUUGAUUUUUCAUUUUCAGGCAAGAGAACGUGUUCAAAGGGUGCCGCACAUUCCGAGGAAACACGAAGCAAGUACGGAUGUGAAAGAGCAUGAACCGGGCGGUCUGGAAGAGGACGAUUACGAUGUGAUGGCAUCGGCGAGGGCGAUGACGGGAAUGGUGAUUGCGGAGAUGAGACAGACGAUGCGUCUGGGCAAUGACGAACAUUUGCUCAUUUUUGAGCAGUAA